UAUGAUAUUCAAUAGUUACUUUAAAAGUGCUUUUCGUUGAGGCAAAUGACAGCACUCUAAUUGUACACGCAAACUGGGGUGAACCAUGCAGAAUGAAGGGCAAAAUUAUUAUAGAUGACAGUAUUGAGAAAGUCAAGCCUCAUCGAUAAUGUCUAAUAUGGGUUUCAGGAAAGUUUUCAGCAGAAAUGUAUUGUUUUGCUCAUUGUUUCUAUCAUUCUUAUUACUCUAGUUUCAAGGGACCAGUACCCAAAAACUAACGUGUUGUAGAUGUAUAUAAAUUAUUUAUGAACCAAACCAUCUAUGUAUGUAAUAUUUGAUUAUAUAAAAGCAGGUGUAUGGUGUUUGUUAAAGUAGUUUCUUGUUUGACUCUGACUCAUUAUGCACUUGUAUGUUUGUGGUGAUGGAAUGAGUGAAAUUUUGCAUGCAUCCUAAUUUGUGAGGAUUUGCAAACCAGGUCGAAGGGACUUUGAAUUGCAAAUAGAUGUUGAACGAGGGAACUGAAGAUUUAUCACAGUGAAAGCAACAACAAUGAGCUCUAAAGUAAAUUGCACUGUCAUGAUUGAUGUAACAAUGAAAUGUAUAUUCAUUUUCAGGAGAGUUUUUCCCCAGCAUUCUCUUGGCUCUACUGACCUCACUUCCUGUCUGUAUCUGUGGGUGACCGUGCCUGACUACCGUUGCCAUGGGUGAAAUGGAGCAACUGCGAAAGGAGGCGGAGAGCCUGAAGGAUGAGAUUACUGCGGCUCGUAAAGCAGUGCAGGACCUCACGCUGCAGGAUCAUGUGGCGGGGACAGCUGUUGUGGGCCGUGUCCAGCUAAAGACCAGGAAGACAUUGAGAGGACAUCUGUCCAAAAUCUAUGCCGUGCACUGGGGGGACUCGAAACUGUGUGUCAGUGCAUCUCAAGACGGUAAACUGAUUGUAUGGGACAGCUACACCACCAACAAGGUGCACGCAAUCCCACUGAAGUCCUCGUGGGUGAUGACAUGUGCGUACGCACCUUCAGGAAACAUGGUGGCGUGUGGAGGACUUGACAACAUGUGCUCCAUCUAUAACCUGAAGGGCAAAGAUGGCAACGUGAAGGUCAUGCGUGAGCUCGCAGCACACACAGGUUACCUGUCCUGCUGCCGCUUCCUGAAUGACAAUGAGAUCAUCACCAGCUCUGGAGACUGUACCUGUGUUCUGUGGGACAUUGAGACAGGAACGCAGAAGACGGUGUUAGGUCAUCUGGGUGACUGUAUGUCUCUGGGUGUGGCCCCUGACUUCAACACUUUCAUCUCAGGAGCCUGUGACUUCACAGCCAAACUGUGGGACAUCCGUGACGGCCAGUGCAGACAGACCUUUGGAGGCCACGAGAGUGACAUCAACGCCAUAGGGUUUUUCCCCAAUGGCAAUGCAGUGAUCACAGGUUCAGACGACGCUUCCUGCAAGCUGUACGACCUGCGUUCAGACCAGGAGCUCAUCACAUACCAGGACUCCGGCAUCAUGUGCGGCGUGACCUCCCUCGCUCCCUCCCUCUCUGGAAGACUCAUCCUCGCUGGGUACGACGACUUCAACUGCAACAUCUGGGACUCGCUGAAGGCGGAGAGAGUCGGAGUGUUAUCUGGUCAUGACAACAGAGUGAGCUGUAUUGGCGUGACACCUGAUGGGAUGGCCUGCUGCACAGGAUCAUGGGAUAGCUUUCUGAAGAUCUGGAACUAAGGCUCUGUCUCAAACGGAGGCAAAUAUAGAAUAUGUCAAAGACAGGGAAAAAUGUAAAGGGGACAAUUGAAACAGGACUAUGGGAUAUAGUUGUAUAAGUAGGGAGGGAAAGCGAUAUGUUUGUUGUGCCGUCACAACGAGAAAGAUUGUGAAUAAGAAAACCUCAUUUAGAGAUGGGCUGACCUGUAGAAUAAUAUUGUUAAAGAAAUCUUGCAAUACCAGAAAACCUGUUUUUCAGGGACUGCUAACUGCAAAAGUGGGCAUUUACAAAGCCAUUACCUAUUUGGUGAUUUGUGAGGUAAUUUUUGGAUAGGGUCUUUAACACAUGGGUGUCACAGCAUAUUAUCUAUAAUAACAUAUGAAAUAAGACUUUCAACUCUAGUUGAAUUAAGCUUACUGAUAUCUAAAAGCAUCAUGUGCUAUCAAACCUAUAUGACAGAGGUUGCCAAAAUAGUUGCGCAAGAUCGAAUAUAAUGACUUAAGUCUACACAGAAUGAUAUUUUCACUUUUAUAAAAUGCGGUUUACAAAUUACGGAUAGAUUAAACAAGUUUUAGUGAGACUGUCUGAUUGAGUUUAGUGUUAAGAUUUUUUUUUUGAUAGUGCACUGAUAGUGUCAUCUGUUUUUUCUGCUUAUU